GCCUCAAGCUCCGGCUGGGGCUGGGGAGGAAGCGCUGCGCUCAAGGCCAUCACCAGCGAUGGGCCUUUGCGCACUUCGGAGCAGGAUUUGCAGGCCUUGGCCUCGCAGCCCAUGCAGCAGGUCCUGGAUUUGGGGCACAUCGCCCGAGAGGUGCCGCAGAACUUGCCCACGGGCGACCUGCCCUUCGACAUCGCCGGGCACCCCGCGGUGCGCCACACCGUGGCCAAGCGCCUACUGGACCGGAUGCAGGCGGAGAUGAAGCGCUUCGCGGAGAUGCAGAAGGACACCCCGGCUCCUCGCGUGCGGGAGCUCAGCGAGGCCGAGCUGCGGAAGCUGGCGGCCGGGAACCAGGAGGCCGCGGAUGCUGCGGAGAGGGCCCUCAGCAACAUCAUCAAGUGUAUCUCAGACAUGAAGGCGGCAGAUGCGGCCUUUGUGGAUUCGGCUUUCAAAGAGCUCCUGAAGCGGGGCAACGCCAUCGAGAUCUCGGAGGAAGGGGUGGCCAAAGCCUCGAACGGUGGGGCGCGGGCGGCCACGGACGCCAACAUGGCGCGGCUGAAGCACUGGCUGCUGCGAGUCUCGGGGCACGAGUCGGAGGCCUGGUUGCAGCGGGCCUGCCGUUCCUUGCUGUCCUCAUCGGCAACAACGGAUUGGCAAAGGAUCAACCCGUUCCUCACAGACAGCGAGGUGAGGGACAUCCUGCAGCUGACGGCCCAUGCGAUGCUCCGUGCCGUGCGAGUGGUCCUGGCCAACGGCUCCUUGGCAGAGGCUCGUGACUUGCAGAAGAUGCUUACAAAGGCCAUCAGCACCGUUAAGGAGACCGGCAAGCUUCCCAACGACGUCCGCGUGGGCCUCGCCGAGAAGGGCGAGGUCCUGGCGCGCCGAAUCGACGCCCGGCGCCACUACGUCUCCGAGACCUUGUCCUACGACCCCCACUUCUUGGUCUUUGAGUUCUCGGACAACAAGAUGCUCCACGGCCGGCAGGUGGCGAUCAUCUCGGACUUCCAGCGCACCGUGGAGGGCGGUGAGAGCGGCGUGAAGCAGAUGAUCAUGGGAGCCGGGAAGACGACGGUCGUCAGCCCACUCUUGUCUAUGCUCUUGGCCAAUGGCAAGCGCCUGGUCAGUCUGGUGGUUCCCUCGGCCUUGCUUGAGUUCUGCCGUGGCGUGCUGAUGGCGGUGUUCUCCUCCAUCAUCCAGAAGCGAAUCUGCAUGUUCCACUGUGACCGCUCCGAGGAUGUGGACAUUGCCAUCUGUGACCGGAUUGAGGCCGUUCGCAACGAAGGCCACAUCCUUCUGACCAAGCCAACAGACGUCAAGAGCCUGAUCUUGCGAUUCGUCGAGAGCCUCGGGCAUGCAGUCAUAUCACAAGCA